AUGCCGAUCACCAUGCCUCCAGCUCCCAAUAAGGACGACCUAGCGGCAACAUGGAACUUCUUGCAGGUCGGAGUGGAGAAGAUCAUGACGAAUCUGAAAGAUGGUGUGGACAUGGCAACAUACAUGGGCAUCUACACGGCUGUUCACAAUUUUUGUACAUCACAGAAAGCAGUAGCGUCAGGGGGAGGGAUCAUCGGGGGUAACGCCCACCGUGGAGCUCACCUACUUGGAGAGGACCUCUACAAGAAUCUCAAGGACUAUUUGAAAGGUCAUCUUGAGGACCUGCACGAGCAGUCUAAAGGUCACAUCGACGAAGCGUUACUGACUUACUACAUUCGGGAAUGGGACCGAUACACAACGGCCGCAAAAUACACGAACCAUCUCUUCCGCUAUCUGAAUCGACAUUGGGUUAAGAGAGAGAUCGAUGAGGGGAAGAAGGAUGUUUUCGACGUGUACACAUUGCACCUCGUGCAAUGGCGGGAGGUCCUAUUCGAAAAGGUUAAUAAGAACGUCAUGGCUGCGGUGUUGAAGAUGGUAGAGAAGCAGCGAAAUGGCGAGACCAUUGAGCAGAGCCAGAUUAAGAGCAUUGUGGAUUCGUUUGUCUCUCUGGGCUUGGAUGAAACGGAUAGCACGAAGUCGACCCUUGAUGUCUACCGAUUCCACUUCGAGAAACCCUUCAUAGAUGCUACAACAAAGUACUACGAGAAUGAGUCGAACCAAUUCGUCGCUGAGAAUUCGGUCAUUGAUUACAUGAAGAAGGCCGAAACUCGCUUGGAAGAGGAGAAGAAUCGAGUUGGAUUGUACCUUCAUCAGGACAUCAUGAACCCGCUCAUGAAAGCUUGUCUGGGCGUCCUGGUCACUGGUCAUUCGCCUCUGCUGAGAGACGAGUUUCAAGUGCUUCUCGACACUGAUAGGCAAGACGACCUGGCGAGGAUGUAUCGAUUACUGGCACGCAUCAUCGAUGGCUUAGAACCGCUACGGACAAAAUUUGAAGCUCAUGUGAGGAAGUCAGGCCUUGCUGCAGUCGAGAAAGUUGCUACGGAAGGGGACAACAUGGAGCCAAAGACCUACGUCGAUGCACUAUUGGAGGUGCAUACACAAUACCAGAAGCUUGUUGAUGAUGCAUUUACUGGCGAAUCUGAGUUUGUUCGAUCGCUCGAUAACGCAUGCAAAGAGUUUGUGAACCGUAAUAAGGUCUGCAAAACCGGGUCAUCGCGUUCGCCAGAGCUGUUGGCCAAGUACACGGAUGCGUUGUUGAAGAAGAGCGCCAAGAGUGCCGAAGAAGCUGAUCUUGAGGCAUCUCUCAUCCAGAUCAUGACCGUCUUCAAGUACAUCGAGGACAAAGAUGUAUUUCAGAAAUUCUACUCCCGAAUGCUAGCGAAGCGAUUGGUUCAUUCAAGCUCCGCAUCAGAAGAUGCGGAGACGAGCAUGAUCGGCAAGCUGAAAGAAGCCUGUGGUUACGAGUACACCAACAAGCUCCAACGCAUGUUCCAGGAUAUCCAGAUCUCAACCGACCUCAAUAGCAAUUUCAAGGAGUAUCAAUCGAGAUUACUGGACGACGAUGGAUUGAAGAAAGCUGUCGACCCGUCUUAUCAGGUUCUUGGCACAGGGUUUUGGCCCCUUUCACCUCCCCAGACCAAUUUCAUUCCUCCACAAGAGAUCGUUGACACCUACACUCGAUUUCAGAAUUUCUACUUUGACAAGCAUAGCGGGCGAAAGCUCACCUGGCUAUGGCAACUCUGCAAGGGUGAGAUGAAGGCCAACUACGUCAAGAACACUAAGAUUCCGUUCACUUUCUGCGUGUCUACAUACCAAAUGGCCAUCUUACUGCUUUUCAACGACUCCGAUACGGUAACGUAUGAAGACGCCCAGAAAGGUACGGCGUUGUCAGCAGAGUGGCUGGAUCCUUCCCUCAGUGUUUUCGUUAAGGCAAAAGUCUUGAUUCCUUCUCCUGAGAAUGCAAAGGCGGAGCCCGGCACGUCAUACACCUUGAAUUACAACUUUAAGCACAAGAAAGUCAAGGUCAACCUCAAUAUCGUCGUCAAAUCGGACGCGAAGCAGGAAGUUGAGGAGACACACAAGACUAUUGAGGAGGACAGGAAAUUACUUAUGCAGUCUGCGAUUGUGCGUAUCAUGAAGUCCCGUAAGCACAUGAAGCAUGUCGUGCUCGUCCAAGAGACCAUAUCCCAAAUCAAAUCCCGCUUCACGCCCAAGGUCCAAGACAUCAAAAAGUCGAUCGAUCAGCUCAUUGAAAAGGAGUACUUGGAGCGGUUGGAAAACGAAGAACUCGGCUACCUAGCUUGA